UUUGGUUCAGCUCCCCCUCCCUGUUAUGUCACUGCUUCAAUUUCUUUAGAAUCCGAAUAAAAACUGCAGCAAACUUCAGAGCUCAUUGAUUGCAGGCUGAACUAGGCUUUUUUGAUUUGUACACCCUUCAAGGAUCUCCUUAGUUUUGGCAAAGUAACUCUGAAGAAACAAUGAGCAAGUUCUUGUUGUGUGCAACUUUUGGAUUAUGCUUGCUGCAGCUUUGUCUAGCAGAGAUACAAUUUAAUAUAAGUUGCAGAUAUGCAGGAGUUUUCCAUGUUGAGAAAAAUCGUCGCUACAGUCUCACACGAGAUGAGGCAGUUGAACUCUGCAAAGCUCUCAAUAGUACCCUGCCAACAAUGGACCAGAUGACGAAAGCUCACAGUUUAGGAUUUGAAACUUGCAGGUAUGGUUACAUAGAAGACAAAAUUGUAAUUCCACGAAUCAAGCCAUAUUCUCUUUGUGCAGCAAAUAACACUGGAAUUUACAUACUCGUUUCAAACAUAACAGACCGGUAUGAUACAUAUUGUUAUAAUGCAUCAGAAACCAGGGAAAAGGCAUGUGAACCAAUCACAAGACUAGAUGUUUCUGGGCAUGAUAAUAAAAGCCAAAUAGGUAAUGUAUUGCUCAUAGAUAAUGAAGAUGGCUCACGUUACACUGAUGGUGUGAAACACACUGACCCAACUCCAUUUACAGAUGAUAACCAUGUGGGUAGUGGGUCAAUACAUGACGGAGAUGCAACAAACCCCACCAUCAUCGGAACUCACACGCCUGGUACCCCAUAUUAUGAAGAGAGAGCCCCAGAUGCACUGUCAACAGAUUAUUCUUCUGGGUCUGGCAGAAAGGAAGAUCAUCCCACAAGUACCAAUGAUAUUGCAACACACUUCGAUGACAAGCGGGGUGAAGAUUCAACUAUGAUUUCACUGAUAACUGAUGGUGUUCCUGGAAAAGAUCAUCCUAGCAAAGGACAGCAUCCCACAAGUACUACUGUUGCCUCCAAUGAUGGUGCCAUAUAUGAAGACUCAAUCCAUGAUUCACUGCCUCCAGAUAAUCAACCAGGAUGGGGCAGUGAGGACAAAUAUCCCACAAAUACCUCCAGGGAUUAUGUCAUACCUGGACUUAUUCCGGAAAAUGAAGAUGAGUCUUAUACAGCUGUGGUCUCCAAUGAUGGUGCCACACAUGAAGACUCAACCCAAGAUCCAUUGUUGCACAGUGUUCAUCCUGGCUGGGGCAAUGAAGACAAGUAUCUCACAGCUAUCUCUAGGGAUGAUGUGCUACCUGGAAUCAUUCCUCCAAGUGAAACUGAACAUAAAAAUGAAUCUUCUCAUACAGCAGUGGUCUCCAAUGAUGGUAUCAAACAUGAAGACUCAACUAAAGAUCCACUGUCACCUGGCAUUCAACCUGGAGGGGAUAAUGAAGACGAAUAUCCCACAAACAAUCCCAUUGAUAAUUUGAUACCUGGAGUUUUUUCUGACAUUGAAAUUGGACAUGGCAGAGGACCAGCUUCUACAGCCACCAGUUCUACACUUAACAAACACGAUGGCAGAAGAGCAAAUCCAUCUGGACAGGUCACAACACCAAAAACAGCUUCACAGCCGAGAUCAGCCCAAAUACCAGAAUGGCUGAUCAUAGUGGCUUCUCUUCUGGCGCUGACAUUGAUUCUGGCAGUCUGCAUUGCUGUCAACAGUCGGAGCAGAUGUGGGCAGAAGAAAAAGCUAGUGAUUAACAAUGGCAAAGGGUCAGUGUCAGACAAGAAGAUGGGUGGACUGAAUGGAGAAGCCAGCAAAUCUCAAGAAAUGGUGCACUUGGUAAAUAAACAACAGCCAGAUAAUGGAACAGGACCAUGUGAUGAAUUCCUGACCACAGACGAAACGAAAAAUCAACAAGAGGCUAACAUGAAGACUGGGAUGUAAUAGUGUUGGUCCAUCUUGUAGAUCGAGAGUUGGGGAAAUCAAAAUCACAUGGAACUGGGCCUGGAACUCACAGAUGCAAUGUGCUACUGACGUCUUUUGAGCAUAAUUAAGCAUACAUUUUAUUCUUCUUUUUAAUAUUUUUAAAAAUCAGGUCCAAAUUUAAAAAAUUGACAUUGCUUUCUGAUAUAAGCGCCUGAGACUUGCAUAAAUUUGGUAGUUCCCAUUUCCUACCUGGAAGACACUUAUAUGUAAGGAGGGAUGUUAGUUGAAAUCAUAUUUUCUCCAGUUGCAGCACCUUCACUAAGUGGAAAUACAGAAAUAUCUAGUCACUCCAUCUCAAAGGCAUUUAUGAUACUAAAUUUACAUGGUAUGAGCAUAAGUGAGGAAUAAACAUCUAGAGAAAAAUAGAGUUAAAGAAAAAAGGGCUUCUGUAGAGUUUGUAUUACACCAGAGUCUUUUAAAAUCACCUUUCAGCCCUGUGGAGUUUGUCAGGUGCAUUCAGGAUCUGCUGGUAUAGGCAAACUGUGACAUUUUAGAAUGAUUACAACUAGGGGCUACAAUGAGAGAACCCCAAAAGGACAAAACUAUUUAUCUCUAUUUUUUAAAUGCCCAGGCAUAUAUAAUGUCAAUAAUUUUUAUUGGGGCGAGUGGGAAAAGACAUGAAAACUUGAGCUGAUAAAUAAUCUUCUAUUCUUUAUUAUCUUAACAAUCUGUGCAGUUAUCCUUCAGUUUCAAAGCUGUCUGUUGCUGUUCCCCCCCAUCAAUCAUAUUUUGAGUAUGUUCCCUAGUGAACCUUGUUAGUUAAGUUGACAAAUAAAUGCAGUGACCACAACUCAAACACAUAUUUCAAAACUUAGCAGUAGGAAAUGAUCAAACAAGAUGGCAAUAUUUUGUUUCUUGCAGAAUAGGGCUCUAUCUUUCCCUGCUCUCAGAUGUAUCAUAAGAUGUUGAGCUUAGCACAACCUGUUUUUCCCCAUAAUUGUUGCAUGUUACACUAUCUUGCUGAUAUUUUAACAGUCAAAUUAAAAUUAUGUGAUGUUC